AUGUCCAAGCAGAGCCCUUGCUUAACUCGUUUUCUUUCCGACUUCACCCUCGGAUUUUCCGAUGGCCUGACCGUCCCAUUUGCCCUCACCGCAGGGCUCAGCUCACUGGGAAGAGCUGAUACCGUCAUAUAUGCAGGCCUCGCCGAGUUGUGUGCCGGAAGCAUCAGUAUGGGCAUCGGUGGAUAUCUAUCCACAUUGGAUGAGGUUCCCCAUCCAACCGGGAAGAAAGACGACCUCGAUAGCAACGGUGACGAGGAGGAGUUGAGGGGGAUGUUGCGCGAUGGAAGCUCAAGGGCCUCAUCUAGUCAUCUUAGCGACAAUUUGGACGAAAAGUAUCUGGAACAAGAAUCGAAAGAGGACCUUAUAAGGAGCCAUCUUGAGCCGCUGGCUCUACCACCUGCCACAGUCCUGGAGAUUCUCGUGAUACUGAGAAGUCGCCCUGACGGUGUUGGAGGAACAGCCUGCCGUCUGCAGCAACAAAAUGCUGCGACAGAGCCGUUGUCGGAUCAGCUACCAAUCUGGCCCGUCGCCUCGGGUCUAUCCAUCUCGCUGGGGUAUGUCGUUGGCAGUAUCAUCCCCCUCUUCCCAUACUUCUUUACUUCAACAGUUGGUAGAGGUCUGCACUGGAGCAUUGCUUUAUGCUUGAUAGCGCUCAUGACAUUUGGAUCAAGCAAGAGCUGGAUACUCCGUGGUGAAGAGAGGAGUGUCAAGAGAAGCUUGUGGGAAGGCCUUCAAAUGCUCGUUCUUGGAAGCUUAGCCGCAGGCGCUGCGGUUCUCUGUGUGAAUCUCGUUGGUGCAGGCUCUGAACCUGGCCAUUGA